UCGUCUUUGUCGUUUCUGCUGGAGCUCAAGUUAAGGAAGCCAAAUCUACCUUAGUCCCCAUCUUCGAUCCUCUUUCGUUUCAUCUACCAAAGAAAGUGGUCUGAGCGUUUGAAAGUGUUAUGCUUCCGUGGAUGUACGAAAACGGAACUGAUAGAAGAGAGCCGGAUGUAAAGCAACCGGAAGAAGAGACUACGGAUCAGUAUGAUAGGUCCAGAGACCAACGCUAUUACAAUGAUUACUACGAAAAGUUCGAAGAGACGUCGGAUUCAAGAUGCUAUCAAAAUGACCAAGGGAACAGGAGAGUCGAAGCUCCAGUACCGCGCGAUCGUAGAAGGCAAGACUCACCCGGCCGACCUCGAAACAGGAGUCGCUCGCGCAGCCGUGAAAAACGCUACACGAGAGGUCGCAGUCGAUCUCGCUCCCGUUCACCAAUGCGCAGACGUCGUUCACGCUCCAGAAGCAGAGAAAGGGAUACGUAUUCGGUGGUCCCCGUGAAUAAAUUGGCCUUGCUAAACAUGCCGAGCAAUGUCGAUAGGAAUGCUAUCGCACUGGUACUUGCCGCUUCGGGUUAUCUUCCGCAGGACAUACGCGUCAUCAAUCGUCGAGGUGGCUCGCGCUCGUUCGGUUUUAUCGACUUUGCCGAUGUGAAGACAGCCAUGAAAUGGAUGGACGAGAACCAGGGUUGGUUGACUUUAUCGGAUGGGCAUCGAGUUCAAGUGGAAUACGCAAAAAGCGAUCCAGCUAGUGGUGGUCGACGUAGUGACCACGAUUGGACGUGUGCUAAUUGUUCGGUGCAAAAUUUUUUCAAACGAGAUGCAUGUUUCAAAUGCGACACCGACAAGAGAACGUCCAUGGAUCUUGAAAGACAGGGUUUGCAUAUGGUUGGAGUGGUUCCGUGCGAUACACUGCUUAUUCGAUCCCUGCCCGAAGGAUGUACAACAGCCAUGUUAUUCGAGGGACUUAGUCAAUACACAGCGCUCACUUCAAUUGUACAGCUGCAAAUAUCGGACUCGAAGCAAUAUGCAUACAUCCAAAUGAAAAGCAGCGAUGAAGCAACGCUGCUUUUGAAUUCAUCCUACAAAGCGCCGAUAAAAAUUGGAGGGAAAGAUGUAGUAACAACCUUCUGCCGGCAUUCUAUGACUCAUCUCAUAAGGCAGCAGAUAUCCAUGCUCCAGCAUCGAAAUCCCGUACCAAUGCAGCAAAAUGCACCGGGAAUGAAUCCAAAUGCUCAUGGUGCUGAGGUGGCGCAAGCAGCAAUGGCAGCGCUUAGACAGUCCCAAGGACAUGUUGUGCCUCCCAAUGUCGCCGUACCACCGCAACAUCUGAUAAUGAUGCAACAACAGCAACAAGGUCAGCAAGCACCAAUGAUGGCAGCAGGACCAGCGCAACAUCCAUACGCAAUGCCACCAAUGGCACAACAAGUACAAAUGAUCCCAACCACGAGUAUGCAAGCACCAAUGAUGAUGCAGCAUCCUGCACAAUUGCAGGCCGCACCCGGUGCCCCGCAGCCGGCAUAUGCCGUGGUUAAUCCAACACCGGUAAACGGUAUUAUAGGCUUGACACCAACACCAAGAGGAGUUUUCUCCAAAUAUGUAACACCAAAUCCAGCAACGUUCUCAUACGAUCAAAAUUCCGGUUAUUACCUCGAUCCAGAAACGAAGUUCUUCUAUGAUCAAAAAACCGGCUACUAUUAUAAUAAUGACACAAGGAAGUGGUGCUCUUGGGAUCCCACCUACAGUACCUACUUCCCGGUGGAAGAUACGUCCCAAAAUCAGAAUCAGGCUGCCACGUCAGCAGCAACGACCACAACAGAAACACCGGCAACAACUACUGAAGCGAAGCCCGAGGAAAAACCGGAAGAAACGAAAGCCAAGACUGCUGCAGACAUUGCUAAGGAAAUGAUGAAAUGGGCAAAGAAGCAAGAAAAGAAAGUGCAGAUGUCGUUGAAACCUUUAGUGAAACCUUUGGAGACCAAGAGUGCAUUUGAUGCAGCUAACGGAAAUGGAGCUAACGUUGCACAUAAGAUGUUGGAAAAGAGCCAACACGCUCUUGCGCAUGUAAAUGACUCUGACGAUGAAGAAGAAGGAUCAGGAGAUGAGAAGAAGAAAAAUCCCCCAGAUGAAGCUCCUGUUCCCCCAAGACGUCACAUCCCAACAGCGCAAGAACAUCGCGAAAUGAUGGAGAGAGCAUUAGUAGACGAGGCUAAGAAAAUGUGUUUGUUAUGUAAGAGGGCGUUCCCAAGUGUAGAUGUACUGCGAAAACAUGUGGAGAAGAGCGAGCUACAUAAGAAAAAUCUCGAGGAAAAGCGAGUGGAAUGGGGAAGACAGUAUGUGACAGCAAUGAUGGAAGGUCAGGGCGAUCAGGCCCCUGUUCUACCUCCACAACCGGAGCAGAAAAUAGUAUAUAGAGAUAGGGCCAAAGAAAGGAGAGAAGCGUUUGGAUUAGAUCCUGGAGUGUCAGAUUAUCGAGUGGAAUUUGGUGUACGCAGCGAAGAAGCGUUGCGAAAGGAAUCAGAAUUAGCAGCAGUGCGGCCAUUGGGCCAGGAUAAUAUAGGUAGCAGAUUACUAAAAGGAAUGGGAUGGAGAGAAGGAAUGGGUGUCGGAAGGAAUGGACAAGGAAUCGUAAACCCAAUAGAAGCAACCCGACGAGUUGAAGGAGCUGGGCUGGGAUCUGCUGGCUCAAAGAUUCUUCAUGGUGCCGAAGCAACCCACCAAGAACGAGUUCGAGCAACGUUCUACAGCAGAUACAAAGAUAUGGAAUGAUUGAUACCGGUAGCUAUUUUUUCCGUAAAGGUCUUGGAUCCUCUGCAGCUGCAGCAGACUGCAGUUAUUUCUUUGCUUACUGGUUUAAGUACAUUUUUAAGAUAUUCCAGUAUAGAUCAUAGCUUUUUGAUUGUGCUAAAGUGUAUACCAUGUUCACGAUGUCGGUUUUCAUUGUUUUUUUGUGGAUGUUUCAAAUACGUGUUGAUUGAUGCACAGAUAUAUUCUUCAAAAAUUCCUUUCUUUUGUAAACAUAGCUUGUCUUUUAUCAUAUAAAUUAUUUUAUUUG